AGUGCACUUGCCAACAUCCUACAACAAGCAUUUUCAGUCAUGGAUGAAAAAAAAGCCCAUUAUGCGAAGCAUUCUGGGCCCAAAGCGGAAAAGAAAAAAUCUAGGAAAGCUCCCAAUGCCAACCCAGAGAGCAAUCCUAAGGCAUUUUCCGUAGCCUCAGCAGGCCGUAUGGCUAGACAGGCCAUGAGGACUGCAGAUUUGUCUCAAAAAAAACUGCACGUGCCUAUGGUUGAUCGUACGCCUGAUGAAUCGCCGCCACCUGUAAUUGUUGCUGUUAUGGGUCCACCAGGAACAGGGAAAUCUACAUUAAUUAAAUCUUUAGUUAGAAGAUAUUCCAAAUAUACCGUAUCCAAUAUCACGGGACCUAUUACUGUGGUUGCAGGAAAAUCACGAAGAAUUACUUUCUUGGAAUGCCCUAACGAUUUGAGUUCCAUGAUUGAUGUAGCAAAAAUUGCCGACCUCGUUUUGCUUCUGGUUGAUGCCAAUUUUGGGUUUGAAAUGGAAACCAUGGAAUUUCUUAACAUUUUAGCACCUCAUGGAAUGCCCCGAAUUAUGGGUGUGCUGACCCACUUAGAUUUAUUUAAGAAGCCCGCUACCCUUCGUGCCGCCAAGAAGCGUUUGAAACAUCGUUUCUGGACGGAGUUAUAUCAAGGUGCUAAGCUAUUUUACCUUUCAGGUGUCCUGAACGGAAGAUAUCCUGAUCGUGAAAUUUUGAACUUGUCAAGAUUUAUUAGUGUGAUGAAGUUUCGUCCUCUUCAAUGGCGCAACCAGCACCCAUAUUUGCUUGCUGAUCGUAUGGAAGAUUUAACAUUGCCUACCGAGAUUGAAGAGAAUCCUAAGGUGUCUCGAACUGUUACACUUUACGGUUACCUUCAUGGUACGAAUUUACCAAAACAUGAUGCGCCAGUUCACGUUCCGGGUGUCGGUGAUUUUACUGUUUCCGAUGCUUCUAGAUUAGAUGAUCCUUGUCCUCCGCCAGAUGCUGAUAAAGUCCGAAGACGUAGACUUUCUGAAAAGCAGAAAUUAAUUUAUGGUCCCAUGGCAGAUAUCGGAGGUAUCUUAUUUGACAAGGAUCGUGUUUAUAUAGAUGUUCCUACCUCAAAUUUUUCCAAGGAUGAAAAUGCUGAAGCUGGUGUUGGUGAACGUAUGGUCAUGCAGUUACAAGAUGCUCAUCAACCCUUGGGUAGCAAUACUUCGUCCGGUAUCCAGCUUUUUAGUAACACUAAUAUUAUUGACCCUGAAAAUGAUCAAGGUGACUCCGAUGAUGUUGGCAGAAAAACUCGACGUCAACCGUCGGGCGUUGUUUCGGACGAUAUGCUGCAUCUUGAUGAAGCAAAUGAGUCUGAGAACGAGUCUGAAGGAGAAAAUGAAGUCGAAUACUCUGAAAAGAUUGGAGCAACCAGAGACAAUGAGGACGAAAAUGCUGAAGAGGAAUAUGCGUUUGCUGAAAGUGAUUCAGAUCUUGGUGAUCUUUCGGAUGCUGAAGAAUCGUCUGAUCUAAAAUGGAAAGAAGGUAUGGCUUCCCGUGCUACAGCUUCUUUUAUUGAAUCUCGUCGUCGACGCCGUAGAAAUCUACAAAAAGUGGUCUAUGAUGAAUCUCUUUCACCGGAUCAAGCAUUGUCAGAAAUUCGUGGUGAGUCGUCGGAUGUGGAGGAAGAGGAUGAUGCAGUUGAGGAUGUUGAAGAUGAUUUCUUUAAACCUAAGCAUGCUGAUUCAGAAGGCAUUUCUGAGGAGAAUAAUAAGAGCUCUUUUGAAGAAGAACUUGAGCGUUAUGGAAAGAAAUACCAGGAUUCAGACCGUCUUGCUCGGAUCAAAUAUCACUUCAUUACCGGUAGUUUGUUAGAUUCCCAGGAAGGGGAGAAUGAAGAAGACGACGAGGAAGAAAAUGAAACAGGCGAUUUUGAGGAUCUGGAAGACGAGGGAAGUGCAAGGAACGAUGAUGAUGCACAAGCUUCAAACGAUGACGAGGAGUCAGAUGAAGCGGGCGAAGAUGAAACUCCUGAGUUUGAAAAAGAGCGCGAAGAAAAUGCUCGUAAGAAAGAAGAACUAAGGCUUCGCUUUGAAGAGGAAGAUCGCGGCGAUCCAGAGAAGAAAGAUGUUGAUUGGUAUGCUGAGGAAAAAGAAAAGAUUGCACGCCAACUUGAUAUCAAUAGAGAUGCUUUUAAUGACAUGGAUCCUGAAAGUAGAGCUGAAAUCGAAGGUUAUCGUGCUGGCGCUUACGUACGUCUCGUUCUGAAGGGUGUUCCUUAUGAAUUCGUAGAACACUUUGAUUCUCGUUAUCCAGUGGUUGUUGGUGGUUUAUUACCGAAUGAACAGCGACAUGGUCUUGUUCAAGUUCGGAUCAAGAGACAUCGCUGGCAUAAGAAAAUUUUGAAAACCAAUGAUCCGUUGAUUUUCAGCUUAGGUUGGAGACGGGUGCAGUCAGUCCCGGUUUACUCUAUAAGUGAUUCUCGUACUAGAAACAGAAUGUUGAAGUAUACACCAGAACAUAUGCAUUGCUUCGCUACAUUUUACGGACCAUUUAUUGCUCCAAAUACGGGAUUUUGUGCGGUACAAUACGUCGCUGAUCAAUAUGCUAAAGCUGGCAGCUUCCGAAUUGCUGCGACUGGUACCGUUCUGGAUGUUAACCAAUCAAGUGAAAUUGUAAAGAAGUUGAAAUUGACUGGUGUUCCAUACAAAAUAUUCAAGAACACAGCGUUCAUUAAAAAGAUGUUUAAUAGUCCAUUGGAAGUGGCCAAGUUUGAAGGUGCGAAUAUUAGGACCGUGUCCGGUAUUAGAGGACAGGUUAAAAAAGCUGUGGAUAAAGAACAUGGUCAUUUCCGUGCUACGUUCGAAGAUAAAGUGUUAAUGAGCGAUAUUGUCUUCUUAAGAGCGUGGUAUCCUGUGCGAAUCCGUGAAUUUUGUACGACUGUUGCUAAUUUGUUGGAGCCAAAAAAGAAUGAGUGGACAGGUAUGAGGUUGACAGGAGAAGUACGCCAUGAACUUGGUUUGAAAACACCUUUGCUUCCUAAUUCUCAAUACAAAGAAAUUGUCCGACCUACUAGACAUUUCAAUCCUCUCAAAGUUCCCGCAUCUUUACAAGCUCAGCUUCCUUAUGCUUCUCGCCCUAAAGAAAUUCGUCCUCGAAGCAAGCCUACCUAUAUGCAGAAACGUACUGUGUUGUUGAACGCGGAUGAGCGAAAAGCUCGUGAUUUGUUGCAGAAGGUCAUGACCCUAAAGUCAGACAAAGAAAGCAAGCGUAAAGCUAAGAAAGCUGAAGAACACGAAAAAUAUCACAAAAAGCUUCAGAAAGAAGAACAAAUAUAUGUGGAAAAGAAGCGCCAAGAGAAAGCCGACUGGUUUGCUAAAAAUGGCAAGAGACUUCGUCAAGAUUCAGGUGCUGCCUCUAGUGGUAAAAAGUCUAGACGAUAAAUGUUCAAUAUGGGGGCGCAUGGACACGCCUAUUAAUACUUAUUUUGGUGAUGGUUAUUUUUUUCUAAAAAGUUUUGUUUUGUUUGCAUGCUCCUUUCGUUUCAUUCCUUUUACGCAUCGGACAGAAAAAAAUGGGAGAACUGGGUUAUAAUAGGAAAUAAAUAUAAUUUAUAAUGAUGUAUUAAUAGAUCUUUGAGUUUCAACAUAUAUUUUUGAACACGCGCUCGCUGUAUAUUGUCUUCAAAAGUCAAGUUCAGCACUGUUAGAUCUAUAAGUCAUGUGGUUAAAUAAAUUACCCUAGAAAAUGAAAGAUAUGAAAAUUCAAUAAUAUACGCCUGUGAAAUAUCUUAACU